UAUUAUUUUGAGAUAGUUAUGAUCCUCUAAGGAAGUUAUUGUUAUAGACACAACGAGUCCACUUCCUUCCCUCAUCGUCCCCAUUGAUGCUUUCAAUGAUCUCCUCCACUCUUACUAGGCGAUUCUUGUGUAUCUUUCAUAUUGUUCUUGUGGCGGAAAACAUAGAAGGAUUUUGAAUGGAGCAGUGAUAGACUCAAUGGAAUGGAAUGGAGUGGAGCACCUUUCUUCGGAUAAAAUGUAAUCAAUGGCUAUGAUCUCUGGACGAUUUGAAGGAAUCUUACAAAUAACGCUGAUACUCUUACCACUUGAUGAAGAAUUUGUUUUUUACUGGUGAGGUUUGCUUCAACAUGUCUUUGUUGCCUUGGAAAGGAGUAGUUGCUGCUAUUAUGCUCCUGUGAAAACCUUUCUCCUGUCCUCUGCAGUUGCUGUAGCCAUGCGUCACGCGGCCGGGUCGCAUCAUGGGGGUGCGGGACAGCGGUCCGCGUCGCUGGGGUCCCUCGCUGCGACUUUGCAAACGGGGUAUGUCUCUCCGAAAGCAGCGUCAAAGGAAACGGCCUUGGUCAUGGUGUCUCCUGGCAGUCGCCUUCUGAGCAAGGAGGAUGUUGCUCUCGCAAAGCAGUUAUCGAAAUCCACAAAUGUUGGAGGAGGAGGCGGAGUGUCAGGUGAAAGCUUGGAAUAUCCUGGCUUGCUGGUGCCGAAAGGCAAACCAGAACGAGCACAAUCGCCGCCAAGGAUGACCUUACUAGGUCUAUUGUCACCACCCUUUCCACGCGGGCACGAAGGAGCCGAUUGGUCGCCAGUGGACAACAAACCGAAGAAAUUUCGAAGCAGGUUUCCGCGAACAUCUGCGACCAAACGCGGCAUUCUCGUAACAACACCGGGACAUAGAGGGAGUACGUCGCCUGGCGGAAGGUAUGAGCUGGCCUUAUUUAUGUUAGACGUUAUUAGACCGUUAUAAUGUUUUUUAGACUUCUGCUGGACCUCAACAUCAGAGCAAUAUCGUCGAUCUAAUAUUUUUCUGAUAUGAUUAAGUUGUAUUUUCAGUCGAGCAGAUAAGGGUGAAGCAAUGUUUAUUAGUAAUUUUCAUCUUUGAAGAACAAAUCGAACAGGUCUACGGGUAGUUCCCUUUCCGGCUCACCUGCUAUGAGCAGGCGCUCACCAAUGCUAAGUCCUAACAAUUCGAAACAGACAAUAACUAGCACACAGUGGAACUCAGGAGGGGCCGCCGGAACAGAGUCGUCUUUGCAACCACAGAACUUUGGAAGCGAGCACUCAAUAAAUGCAAAUCAGCAUUCUUUAGUGCAUUACAACUACGCCAGCUCGGGAGCCUCAAAUAUAGUGUUGUUAGGCUUGCCACCCUCUAGUGAGGAUCAUGUUUCUUCAGGGUUGUCUCUAGGAGUGGGGACAACUACUACAGGCGAGGGUAACCAAGUCGAGGCAACGGGAGGUGCGAUCAUCGGUGUAGCGCAAGGCGGGUUAAACCUGAAUAGCUUAUCAACUCGUCUGGAGCCACCACAGAGUCCAACGAACGGUGGCGGAGCACCAAGCACCUACGCAGCAUGCACGACUUCGUCUUCCUGGGUGUCUUCGCCGAGUGGAGGAUCGCGCGUGCUGCAGCUCAACCAGCAGCUGAAACCGCCAGUCGUGAUACGACGCGGAAAUUUGAAUCGGGGGAGAGGACACCGCGGCUCCACGUUUCAGAUUGUGGGCCAGCGUUGUCGCAUGUUCGACCGCCCACCACCAGUACGGACAAAAAUCCGCAAAUACGCGAUUUGGGGUCUCUUCGGCCGCGAAAACUACGCGGAAGACGGCUACUAUGACGAAGACGAGGACGAAGACGUCGAAGGCCUCGACGCUUUGGACGAGCGCUUACUGGAACUGAUGUAUCGCGACCUCACGCCGGAAGACUACGACACCCUACUAGAGUUAGACGAGUCGGUGGCGAAAAAAACCUUGCAGGACCGGUCUGCCCUAGAGAAGCUCAGCACGCUGUCGAGGGAGGAGCUAUUUCUAAAAGGAGAGGAAAAGGGCAGUAGCGGGCACGGUGGACAAACUUCUGGUGGUGGCUUCACGGAAGAGCAGCUAACGUGCGGCGUUUGCUAUGUUAGAGUGGACGACGACCAGGAAGAGACCGAACGCAUAUUCCAGAUGAAGUGUGGGCACAUCUUCCACGAGGCCUGCGUCACAAAGUGGCUCUUAGAAUGCAAAGCCGCGUGUCCAACCUGUCACGCGCCAAUAGAUGAAGAAGACUGCUGCCCUCUGGUCGACGACGGGAAGAACGAAGGAAACAAUGCGCAACUAGAAUUCGACGAGGAGGAAUUACCCCCGAUUGAUCUGGAAUAAGCAGUACUUCGUGUGAUCAUGAUUGCUGGAUCGGGUCAUGCAGGCUGGUGGUCCUGGUCUUGAAUGCUCGAAAUAAACUUCUCCGCGUAAAGAAAAUGAGAUUUUGUUACUCUCUGCUUGUACAAUUAAUUGAUUAAGUAAGCAAGAAUUCCGAUAACGUAGAGCGUCUGAAGACGUGUUUUGGAGGAGCCUCCGUCGAUGGCACAAGAGAAGGAAUGCGAAUCUAUCGGAAUAUACUCGGCAUACACGACAUGACUUUUUGCUGCAUACUUAGUUGUUGAACUUCUCCAUUGUAGAUGCAAAAUCAUACGCAACAAGCUCGUGAUGAAAUGAUCUCCAUAUGAAUGUGUAACCCCAUCUCCCUGUUUCAGGAAAGCGCACAAAAGAUAAGCAUCGGCACAGGAAAUAUCGCGAUGCACCUACAGAAAAACUUGUAACACAGUAUGAACAGUAGACCAUCUUGAGAAGCCAUUGAAUGAUGUAAGUAAAUUGUCGCUCAGCACUGCAUGAUUGCUUUGUUGUAUCGAAGUUCCAGUUCUUGUGUAACUAUGGAAAUUAUUGUGAAACUCUUCAUCACAGAGCGGAUGAAUCCUGUAAUAAUAUGUUUGCAUAGUUGCAGCUAGUCAGUUGUCGAUAAUUUGUUCCUUGUCUAUUGAGUGUGACUUUCCUUUUAAUGCUUGUACCCCUGAUUGACUUGAUUUUCGAACUAUUCCACCGGACUUUCUGGAAGUAGUUUUGUAUUAGGACGUGGGCACGUGACGAAAAAAUCUCACAAUUGUGAUCGUUCUGUUGUUGUUGUAAGUAGCUGCUACCAUGCACGGAUCGAAGCACGGCCCAUCGAGACCAUCUAUUCGUUUUCCUAGAUUGAAUAGCUUCGACGUGGCCGUUUUGUCACAUUUUUCAAAGAGUGAUAAAGAAAGUCGAUUUGGAAACGUUGUCGGCUUGACUAAAAAAGG